UGUCAGGCCCAGGCCCCUGAGGGGCCAGGGCCAGGCUACUGCCUGGGGGCAGUGGACACCAGCUACUGAAGGCAGCCUAAGCCGGGCAGGGCCCCUCCCUCUGCUUCGGCAGACCCCCAUCAUGCAGCCUCCACUGGACCUCAAGCAGAUUUUGCCCUUCCCACUGGAGCCGGCCCCCACCCUUGGCCUCUUCAGCAACUACAGCACCAUGGACCCUGUGCAAAAGGCUGUGUUGUCCCACACUUUUGGGGGACCCUUGCUCAAGACCAAGCGGCCCAUUAUUUCCUGUAAUGUCUGUCAGAUCCGCUUCAAUUCACAGAGUCAGGCCGAAGCGCACUACAAGGGUAAUCGCCAUGCCCGAAGAGUCAAAGGCAUUGAGGCCGCCAAGACCCGAAGCAGGGAGCCUGGCACCCGGGAAUCUGGAGACCCAGCUCCCCCAGGCAGCAACCCCCAAAAUGGGGAUGGUGUUGCCCCUCGCCCAGUUUCCGUGGAGAAUGGAAUGGGUCCCGCUCCAGGGUCCCCAGAAAAACAGCCUGGCUCCCCAUCCCCUCCCAGCGUUCCGGAGACUGGUCGGGCCACAGCCAAGGGUGAAGUGGGGACCCCAGCCCCAGCUUCCCUGCCUGGGGGUAGCAAAGAAGAAGAGGAGAAAGCCAAGAGGCUGCUCUACUGUGCUCUGUGCAAGGUGGCUGUGAACUCCCUGUCCCAGCUCGAGGCUCAUAACAAAGGUACUAAGCACAAGACAAUUCUUGAGGCACGCAGUGGGCUGGGCCCUAUCAAGGCUUACCCUCGCCUGGGACCUCCCACCCCCGGGGAACCCGAGGCCCCUGCCCAGGACCGAACUUUCCACUGUGAGAUCUGCAAUGUCAAGGUCAACUCGGAGGUCCAACUGAAACAGCACAUCUCCAGCCGGCGGCACCGAGACGGCGUGGCCGGGAAGCCCAACCCGUUACUGAGCCGUCACAAGAAGCCUAGGGGCGCCGCAGAGUUGGCGGGCACGCUGACUUUCUCCAAGGAGCUGCCCAAGUCUCUGGCAGGCGGGCUGCUCCCCAGCCCUCUGGCGGUGGCUGCGGUUAUGGCCGCGGCUGCGGGCUCUCCCCUGUCCCUGCGCCCUGCUCCAGCCGCCCCGCUUCUCCAGGGACCACCCAUCACGCACCCCCUGCUCCACCCGGCCCCCGGGCCCAUCCGAACUGCGCACGGACCCAUUCUCUUCUCCCCCUACUGACCUCAACCCUGAACCCCCUCCCAUUCUACCCCCCACCUCCAGCCGGGACCCAGACCUCCAGGCUCCCAGCGCGCCCCUCCUCCUGGCACUCCCUGAAUGAUCUCUCUCCUUCCCCCCCACCCCGAGGUACGGGGGUUCCAGGAACGGGGAGGGGCAGCGGGGG